AGGGUUAAUAUCAUCGCAUGUGACUGUUUCAUCAUUUCAAAACAAUUUUAAGAUGUCUCGCGAUCUCACUUGUAAUGAGACUCUCGGUGUUGAGGAUACAGACAGGAAUAAGGAAAGUAUGGUGCGAAGGUUUCCCACACCACAAAGUGCCAAUUCAACAGCUUUUCGUGCGAACUACAAUGCGAGUUCUCCAACAGUAAAAUAUAUACAAAAGCCUGCUCCGCGGCCUACGUACCAGACAGCAAAUGCGAUACAUGCUGUUCAUAUGCCGGGCACCUCAACGAUAACUCCUUCCGAAGAGAGUCUUCACGGACAAAUUGCUGCUGCUUCUCAUGUUCAACUUCAAAACAGCAAUGGCGCAAAGCUGUACAAAUCAUUGUCGGCUAGUUCUGAGUAUCCUUCUUCUGCUGGAAUCUCUCCUUCUCAGCUCCACAUUAUCGCUGGUUCGACUUUAUUGCGGAGCGCUGUAGCGGCAGCAGGCUAUCGAGAUGAGCGACCUAGUUCAAACAGCGGUGUUACUAGUCAUUCACCAAGUUAUGCCAAUCAACUCCAGACGAAUGCUAUGCAAGCUAGUCUCUACAGUACUAUCAACAGCAUGCGGUUACAACAACAACACCAUGCUCCUCCAAACGCUGGUAAAUCUCCAGGAGCGGUUGCCCUUGCAGCUGUGCAAGCCGCUGCUGUUGCUAGAUCUCCUAUAGAUCCCCUAAGGCACGGAACUUACCAUGCCCAGGUUAUGUACAAGAACCUGGUUCCUCAAGUGCCGCAACCAACCUUGGUCCCUCGUCCAACAGUUAGCGCUUCUCCCCAUGUCAAUCGUUACUCCUCACAAAAUGGAGUCAAGCAGUGUUCCAGCCCAACAAUGGCUAGAACUCAGGCCACAUCUCAGUAUGUUGUGCCUCACGCAACAGUAUCUUCUCCUAGUCGUUUGGCCUCUGCGGCACAUAGUUCUCACCAUCUGCAAGCUCCUCCCAUGUCUAACGUUAUUCCUGGUUCCCCUGGCCCUCCAACUCAGAUGCAACCACUGAUUUCGACACCUUCACCUCGGCCUAGUAUUCUGCGGAAAAGAGGAGAUGGAUCGGGUACUCCAGUGGCGGCUAAGCGUAGGCUCCCUUUUAUGGUUGAAACGCCAAGCUCACCAAGUAGUUCGUCGCAAAAUGUCGUGCCACCCUACAACGCCGGACCUACUCCGCCCGCGUUUGAAUCGUCCAAGGAGGGUGUCAAUGGUACUCCUGAAGAAAGCCCAAGAAAGAGGAUGAGAAAACAACAAUUUGAAACGGACGCUAAGCCGGAGCAGAUAAAGAUGGCGAUCAAUGUUAUGCAACCGAUUGCUGGCGGAUCGGGGGCGUGGAGAUUCUCGGGGCAUCCUGGAUUUAUUACAUCGGGUGUAGUGGAGAAAAAGAAGCGUGGUAGGCCUCGGACGAACUCACGUCCAGCUACAGCAUUACCCUUGGAGUUACAUCAGAGUGUUAGCGUUUUUGUGGACAUUGAUAGCCCAGAAGAGAAAAUCAAACCAGCAGCAGUUCCCGAAUCUGCUAGGGGAUCUGCAGCAAGCGUACCUCCUGUGCAUAUCGAGCUACCCAAGUCAAUAUCCGAAGUGAAGUGUGAACAAGAAUCUGCGGAGGAUAGUAAAGAAACAAGUUCCCAGCAGCAGGAUACGUCUGACGAAGAAAGUCUUAUUACGCCUCAACUUGCACAGCGAAAGAAGAACCGAAUCAUCAAACUAAAGGGCACUAGAGGCUCAUGGAGACAAAGAUCUGCACGAGGUACCGAUCCAGCAUCAAAAGGCACUCUGUCGGCAGAGGAACAACAGGCUGAAGACGUGGCUGGGUUUUUGGCUGAUUGUUUGGAGGAAAGCAAGAAGGAGCAACGCAUCAGGCAGCGAAUAAGAGAGCUGGAUCCAUUACCAUCCGGAUCCAAAACAUUCUUCGACAUGGUUCCUCGCAAUCGGUUUGCCUCUGCACAAGUUGCUCGUCCUUAUUCCAUACAAACGUGGAAGUGUUCACUUGAUAACGACCUGCUUGUGAAUCAUUUCCAGUCAGCUGAAGAGUUCGAAUCUACCUAUGAAAAGUACCAAAAGCUCAAGCAUCUCCAGCGUCAAGAAGCCAAAUUCAGUUCUAGCAUACAUAUACGAGAGGCAGCAGAGCGUUGCGUUGAGUACUGUGAGAAGAAUGUGAGGAGCUUUUGCGAGUCACUCGGUUUCCAGCCUUCAGCGGCAAACGACGACGCGACCAAAGACGACUUAGUUUCUUUAAUGGAGCGUGUGCUAAAGGAGCGCUUGGAGGCAAAUGAGGGUUUAACGCGUGCUGGUCCGAGUUUUUACAAUACUGGUGGUGUUCUGGGUUUACCACUGGUCCCAUGUGGAGAAAGGAAAGUUGACGAGUCAUCAUUAGAAGCUUUCACUCUUGAACAAAAGAAAGAUAAUCGGCAUGCGACAUCAUGUAGCGAAAGUGAUUCAAAGGAAAUAGAACAGCUCAUGGAUGAGAUGGUAUGUUUCAUCACCCAGAAAGAAGGAGAAGAGGAGGCUUUUAUCGAACGCACGUUCAUUCGAGAUAUGACUGGCCGGCCAGUAAAAAUACAAUCGGGUCACAAGGUCACCAGUAACAUCUUAUCUGCAAGGAGAUCGCGAGCACGACUUCUUCAAUCUGAGUCCUACGCAUCAGUUCUUCAACAUGCGAAAUCAUAUCUCAACGAAUCUCAAGAGCUUUUUGACAAUGUAUUUUCAACGGGUUCUUCUCAUCAAUCACAAAAUUGGUGGAAUGCUGUCACAUCGAAUAGAACGCGAAGGAAACUUAAAAGACAAAACACUACGAAGAUAUUUCCAUCGAUGAAGUUACCCUUCUCUGGUCCCAGUGAUUCGUGCGAAACGCGAUCUCAUGUCGUCUCAGAAGAUGCUGCUGCUGAAGUGGAUCUGAUUUCACUCAAAGAGCAACUUGCUGUCCGAUUACAUCACAUGAAUUUGCAAGUUAGUGAGCAAAUUCGGUUCGAGGAACAUCUGCUCAAAAUAUUUGAGAGGUUUUACGAAUCCUAUAAUCCGAAGGAGUACCUUAAAACUCUUCUUGACAUGGAACGCGACUUUGAGGAAGGAGACUCAGAAGCAGUCGUUCAACAGAAAAGAAUCGAGCGUCUCCGAUAUGUGCUCAUGCUUCCGCCAGGAAAAUUGGCUCCAGAAAAGAAACCCGAUUUUGGAGAUCAUUGCGGUACAGUUAUCAACAGCCCUGACGAAGUAGAUAUGAAUAAACAUAUGCUGGGUAUCUCGCCAUUUUGGAGGGGGCCAUUGACUAGAAAUAAUAUGAAAAGCUCCUAUCUUACACGAACGGGUAAAAGGAUGCAUGAUAGGGAUGAGUCUUAUAAAUCGCUUGAUGAGAAUGACAGAGAAUACUACCUCGAGGAUCUGAUUGAUUAUCGUGAACCAACAAGGUUACGAAGAGAUUAUGCCAGCAUGGAGGAAAUGUGGUCACAACUCCAGAAUCUCGAAAUUUGUCCCAGCGAGGCUGUCGUCAAGAAGGAACUUAGUAGGGUUAAUUGGCUCUCUAGAAGAAAGCUAGCUAGUUUAACGGAUGAAGAUAUUGUAUGUCUUGGUACAGUCCAGAAGGAGGCUUCAAAUGUAUCAGGCCAUAUGGAUUCACAGAAUCAUUUAAAAGAAGUUGAAGAAUUCCUCAGCAAAGGCGCUUCGACACGUGAGAUUUUGGCUACCGCUUUCAAAGCCAUUCGUCAAACGACAAUGAUGAUGAUCCAGACGAGAAAUGCCAUCCUGGAGUUGGUACAUAACGUCAUAGAAGAAGGUGAAGAAGAUGAAGAUGAUGAUCAAGAUGAAUCAGUGGAUGAUGAAGAAGAAUUCUCACGUCAAAUGGAGCAAGCCAUGCAAGAGUCCUAUCAAGAACUUCAGUCUACGAGCAAAGCAUAGUGAUAUCGAAUCUUAGAUUUUCAAAAUUCUAGUUAUGGUUUGUAAGAGUGACUAACGAAAGUCCUCCUGUUCUGUGAUCUCAUUUGAUUAACCAGAAUGUGUCUGCACUAAGCGGGUUCCUUAGUUCGUGUGUCAUAGACGGCUCUCCGUUUUGUGUCUGUUAUUCCAAUCUAUCCGCAUUCGAUUCCGGAUUGGGUGGUCCGCAAGACCCUCGAUCUCAUCUUACCUUUCGGAUUGCGACACCCGCUGCGCGACUCUAUAAUCUUUCAUCCAGACUGUUUUAAUCGUUUUAAUCGUUUUAAUCGUUUUAACCAUUUUUACUGUGUUUAUCUCCCCUAUCAUGGAACUUUCGUUCAUUUCUAAUCUGAUCUCUUAUUGCUCACAGCUAGAGAAUUGUGUUCCCUUUUAAUCUACUUAAGUGAUUGUAGCACGAAUUUUCGGCAAUAAAAAGCAUUUUUUUUACGUGAAAAUGUUCUCUUUUCUCUUGGCCUCACUCAUCUUAUGGUUGUAUG